GGGCGGGACUCGUUAGAAGCGACUGCCAGGUUUGGAUGAGAAGGCAAAUGGGCUUGGUCGGGGGAUGAGCGGUGGUGUUGCUGGACUGGAGCGAGCGGCCGUUGCCCGGCGAGAGCCCUCCUCUCCUUGCUCCCCGGCUCCCAUUCCGCGGCGCGACCGCGGAUGACGAUGGAGUCCUAGCAGCUGGGACCAUGUCGGAAGCGACUCGGAGCCUUCUGCAGCGCUGGGGCGCCAGCUUCAGAAAAGGGACCGACUUCGACUCCUGGGGGCAGCUGGUGGAAGCGAUCGACGAGUAUCAGAUAUUAGCAAGACAUCUACAGAAAGAGGCACAAUCUCAGCCCAACAAUUCAGAAUUCUCAGAAGAUCAAAAGAAAACUUUAGCCAAGAUUGCAACAUGCUUGGAACUCAGGAGUGCAGCUUUGCAGUCUACCCAAUCCCAGGAAGAAUUUAAGCUGGAAGAUCUGAAGAAACUAGAACCAAUCUUAAAGAGUAUUCUUACCUAUAAUAAAGAAUUUCCUUUUGAUGUUCAGCCCGUUCCACCAAGGAAAAUCUUAGCACCUGGUGAAGAGGAAGAUUUAGAAUUUGAAGAAGAUGAGGAGGAAGGUGGAGCUGGAGCAGGAUCUCCAGAUGCAUUUCCUGCCAGAGUCCCAGGAGCCAAUGAAGGUACUUUAUUACCCAGAUUACCAUCUGAGCCCGGGAUGACAUUACUAACUAUCAAAAUAGAAAAAAUUGGUCUUAAAGAUGCUGGGCAGUGCAUUGAUCCCUAUAUCACAGUUAGUGUGAAAGAUCUCAAUGGGAUAGAUCUUACACCUGUGCAAGACACCCCUGUUGCUUCAAGAAAGGAGGACACUUACAUUCAUUUUAAUGUGGACAUUGAAAUUCAGAAACAUGUUGAAAAAUUAACAAAAGGUGCAGCUAUUUUCUUUGAAUUUAAACACUAUAAACCCAAGAAAAGGUUCACCAGCACAAAGUGCUUUGCCUUUAUGGAGAUGGAUGAAAUUAAAGCUGGACCAAUUGUUAUAGAACUCUGCUGCUAUCUACAUGUGCCAUUGCCAAGAAAAUCCCUUACAUACUGUUGUAUUUCCCCAGAGCUGUGUAUUUCAGUUCAUAUUCAGAACAAAACAUUUCUGUUUUAUUCCAUGUACAGCCAAAAUUUGAGUUUUAGUUGAGACAUGGACUGCCCAAAAACAAAAAUUCCAUGCAUAUCUCUAAAUGUACAAAAAACCCACUGAUUUUAAGAGGAAGAAACUUCAGUUGUUGACCAAGAAGCCACUUUAUCUUCACCUUCAUCAAACACUGCACAAAGAGUGACUUUUGUGAACUGAACCACUUGCCAUAAAUUCAUAGUAGCUGCAUAUGUAGCACUUGUCUUUCAGGAGAAGGAAGAAUGGAUGCAUUUACCUUGUGGUCACAAAUGACCCUCAGUGCUGCACAGCAGUGGGUCAAGUAGCCACACUCUGCAUCCAAGCCCAGUUUCUUUGGAAUGUAUAUUUUUAAUUCAGAUGUUCCAAAGUGUGUUGCAAGUUUUUCAUAAAUGGGCCGGUUAUUAAGUUCAGUUCUGUAACUUGAUUUCUACAGUUAUAUCAGAACCCUUAAUUAAAGCAGUUGAGGAAUCCCCGUCUGCCAAACCCGAUACAGCAAUAAAGAUAUGCCAGUAUCAAAAAACUUU